AUGGGUUCCUUGAUUCUUCACAUUUUGAUUCUCGCCUUAUCUUUCACCAUCCAUUGUUUCCUCCUCGUCAAAUCACAAGAACCGCCUCUCUUUACACAAUCUCCUCCACCGCCGCCACCACCACCACCGCCGCCUCCACUUGACAAUGUGACAGACAUUCCUGCUCCUUCUCCAGUCUCGGAUUCAAUUGCGCCUCUAUCUUCGCCACCACCUCAUCCUCCACCGCGGCGGAGUCCAAAGUCAGAACCUUUUCCACCGCCUCCUGAGCCACGGCGGUUUGGGGGGUCUCCGGAGAAGCAUAAGAGAGGUGGAUUAAACAAAGGGGAGACUGUGGGACUGGUCUUUGUUGGGUUAAUAGCAAUGUUGCAGGUGUUGGUUGUUGUCUUCUUGGUUCUCAAGAGAAGGCAAUUUAUCAGACAGAAAGAAACUCAAUGA